CCACGUACCUGGUAUGCAGGUACGGUCGAUGCCUGAUUGCGUAGCAAGUUGUCUGCCUGUCGAUAAAGUUUUAUCGGUUAGUAAGCCUUGGGCAGGUGAAUCUGGCUUGUUCAACAGUUAGGCUGUGGAAGUCAUUGGAAGGUGUGGCGGGCUCCGUGCUGUUAGGCCACUUGGUCCGAGCUCCUUCCGCCUCUCGUCAUCAACAGCUCAAACACUACUGUACUAAGGACCGUAAGAGCAACCAAACUCCGAAAUUCAACAACUUCCUCACAUCCCACAUUUAACACCAUCUCCCUUCUCCCAUUCCGCAAAUCGUAAACCUCUUCAAAUUUGCACAUCCGGAGUCGCUGCAAAGGAACAAGAUUCGUCUGCGACUUUUCCCGCAAAUUUCACAUCCGCCCACCUUCUUUUUUUCGUGCGAUUCUACGCACAACUUCUACAACUCCCCACUGAUACCGACCUCAAUACAAACACACUUUCAUUCUCACAGCAAUCAUCAUGGCACCAGAGCCUGAACACAAGAAAAAGGUCAACUUGGCCGAUGUCUCCGGUACCGAGCACAAGGAAGUUGAGAAUGAUGUCUCGACGGCUAUUCUCAAGAAGAAGAAGAAGCCUAACCAGUUAAUGGUCACCGACGCUGUUAACGAUGACAACUCUAUCAUCGCCCUUUCGAACAACACUAUGGAGCAGCUCCAGCUAUUUCGAGGCGACACCGUUCUCGUACGCGGAAAGAAGCGAAAGGAUACCGUCUUGAUUGUGCUUGCCGAUGACGACCUUGAUGAUGGCAGUGCCCGACUCAACCGAGUUGUCCGUCACAACCUGCGGGUCAAGCAUGGCGACAUUGUCACCAUCCACCCGUGCCCGGACAUCAAAUAUGCUAAGCGCAUCGCGGUACUUCCCAUUGCCGAUACCGUUGAGGGUUUGACCGGCUCCCUCUUCGAUGUCUUCCUUGCCCCAUACUUCCGAGAAGCAUACCGACCUGUCCGCCAAGGCGACCUUUUCAUCGUCCGAGGUGGCAUGCGACAGGUGGAAUUCAAGGUUGUGGAGGUUGAUCCUCCGGAGUACGGCAUCGUUGCACAAGAUACUGUGAUCCAUUGCGAGGGCGAGCCGAUCCAGCGUGAGGAAGAGGAGAACAACCUCAACGAAGUUGGCUACGAUGACAUUGGUGGCUGCCGCAAGCAGAUGGCACAGAUCCGAGAGAUGGUUGAGCUACCCUUACGCCAUCCUCAACUUUUCAAGUCUAUCGGUAUCAAGCCUCCUCGUGGUGUUCUGCUCUACGGUCCUCCUGGUACUGGUAAGACGCUGAUGGCGCGUGCUGUUGCCAACGAAACUGGCGCCUUCUUCUUCUUGAUCAACGGUCCUGAGAUCAUGUCCAAGAUGGCCGGUGAAUCCGAAUCUAACCUGCGAAAGGCAUUCGAAGAGGCCGAGAAGAACUCGCCCGCUAUCAUCUUCAUUGAUGAGAUUGAUUCUAUCGCCCCCAAGCGAGAGAAGACGAACGGCGAAGUUGAACGACGUGUUGUCUCUCAACUACUUACCCUCAUGGACGGCAUGAAAGCUCGAUCUAACGUUGUCGUCAUGGCCGCCACCAACCGGCCCAACUCCAUUGACCCUGCGUUGCGACGUUUCGGUCGUUUCGAUCGUGAGGUGGAUAUUGGUAUCCCCGACCCCACCGGUCGUCUCGAGAUUCUUCAGAUCCAUACGAAGAACAUGAAGCUUGGUGACGAUGUUGACCUUGAGCAAAUUGCCGCCGAGACUCACGGUUAUGUCGGUUCCGAUAUCGCUGCUCUCUGCUCCGAAGCUGCUAUGCAGCAGAUUCGUGAGAAGAUGGAUCUCAUCGACCUUGAUGAGGAUACCAUUGAUGCCGAGGUUUUGGAUUCUCUAGGUGUCACCAUGGAGAACUUCAGAUUCGCAUUGGGUGUCUCCAACCCAUCUGCUCUCCGCGAAGUUGCGGUUGUCGAAGUUCCCAACGUCCGCUGGGAAGACAUCGGAGGUCUGGAAGAGGUCAAGCAAGAUCUCAAGGAGAGUGUACAAUACCCUGUCGACCAUCCCGAAAAGUUCCUCAAGUUCGGUCUAUCCCCGUCGCGUGGUGUCCUGUUCUAUGGCCCCCCUGGUACAGGUAAAACGAUGUUGGCUAAGGCCGUUGCGAACGAGUGUGCGGCCAAUUUCAUCUCCGUGAAGGGCCCAGAGCUGCUGAGCAUGUGGUUUGGUGAAUCGGAGAGCAACAUCCGAGAUAUUUUCGACAAGGCUCGCGCGGCCGCUCCUUGUGUCGUCUUCCUAGACGAGUUGGAUUCAAUUGCCAAGGCCCGUGGUGGAUCUGUCGGAGAUGCUGGUGGAGCCUCGGACCGUGUAGUCAACCAGCUCUUGACUGAAAUGGAUGGUAUGACUUCGAAGAAGAACGUUUUCGUUAUCGGAGCUACAAACAGGCCUGAGCAAUUGGAUCCCGCUCUGUGCCGUCCGGGUCGUCUUGACUCAUUGAUUUACGUGCCGCUACCCGAUGAGGCUGGCCGCCUCGGUAUCCUUAAGGCCCAGCUUCGCAAGACACCCGUCUCUGGUGACGUUGACCUUAACUACAUUGCAUCCAAGACUCAUGGAUUCUCUGGUGCCGAUCUUGGUUUCAUUACCCAACGAGCCGUUAAGAUUGCCAUCAAGGAAUCUAUCACUCUCGACAUUGAGCGUCAACGCGCUCGUGAAGCUGAGGGUGCCGGUGAUAUGGAUGUGGAUGAGGAAGUUGAGGACCCCGUUCCUGAGCUGACCAAACGCCAUUUCGAGGAAGCCAUGCAAAUGGCCCGAAGAUCCGUCAACGACGUGGAGAUUCGUCGGUACGAAGCCUUUGCACAGCAAAUGAAGAAUGCCGGUCCUGGCGCCUUCUUCCAGUUCCCGGCCGCCGCAGGCAACGCCGACGCCAGCGCUAACAAUGAUAACAACUUUGGUCAAGCUGGCGACGAUGACGGCCUCUACGACUAAGUUUCUUCAUAGCCGACAGCUAUAAGAAAAUCCGCCACUGUACUCUUGCUCCCUAUAAACACCUCGACAUAAUCGGCAAUACCACCCACUAUGGAGGGUCAUGCGUUCAGUGCCAACCUCCCCUUUCUGUGGUGGUUUGCGAAAGUCAUUUGCAUUUAUGAUAGAUCCGAGGUAACCCCAGAUGCUAGGCAUGAAUGAAUCGAUGCCUAUUUUCUUUGCGCGAUGAUAGGUAUGACCUUUUGAGCUUUGGCAAAUUCAAUGGUGUGUCUAUCCUAAUCGGAAUGGGGAAUGGUGGCCAUAUGGUAUGGUACAUCAGGGGAACAAAUUAGUUUACGAUAGAUUCAUAAAUUGACUUUGCCUUGCUCCAGUA